AUGUUACCAUUGACACUUCUUCGAACUUCUGUUUACCAUCCUAUGUUGGUGGAACUAAAAAAUGGUGAAACAUACAAUGGAAAUUUGAUGAGCUGUGACAAUUUUAUGAAUAUUCAUUUACGUGAUGUUAUCUGUACCUCACGAGAUGGUGAUCGGUUUUGGAAAAUUCCUGAAUGUUACAUACGUGGCAAUACUAUCAAAUAUCUUCGAUUACCUGAAGAUAUACUCGGACUUGUCAAAGAAGAUACCAAUGAGAAACCAUCACGCUCCGGUCCAAACUCACGCCGUCCAUUUCGUGGUCGUGGCGAUGGUGGACGUGGAGGACACGGUGGUCGACCUGGAGAUCAACGUAAAGGUGGUGGUGGCGGUGGUCGUGGUGGACAUCAAGGAUCACGUGGUGGCGGACGCGGCGGCCAACAAGGUGGACAAUUUCGUCAAGGACGAUAA